AUGCAUUCCGCGUUGAACGAACGGCCAAAUAUUCGCGAGACUCUGAUUCUAUUUCCUCUCUCCCCUGAGAGAAAAACUGAGGAAGAAGAUAACUUCAAGGAGGAGCGAGUUCCCAGCGCUGCGGUCGAAGAAGGUCCUCGGCCUCUAAAGCGUUUGAUGAACGUCAGUACCCGCAAGAAUUAUAAUCAACAUCCCGCGGAGUUUCAUGCCAAUGCCAUUCAGCAAGAUCAACCCGAAUUUUACUCAGGAGCCACCUUGCCGGCAUGGAUGACAAGUCAUUCACUUCCGAGCGCUCCGGUUGAGGAAGCCGAUGGCCGGCCCUCAAAACGUCCACUGGACAUCAACGCCCCCGACAAAAAUAAUGGCCAUCCCGAAGAGGUCCAGGUUAUUCGGCAAUCACCAUCAUCCAUAUCUCACUCAGGCUCUACCUUACCGACAUGGAUGACAAGUACGCGAUCUAAAAAACCCGAUCUACCUCAACAUCAGCAUCCUGAUUCUGAAUCAUCGCCAGUACUUCAAAACAAUCCCCCAGCUUCGCAUCCUCUACCUUCGAUACCCGAAACUUCCCACCAGAAAUCGAAAGGAGCUAAGUUGAGCCUUAAACGGAAGAGCACUACACCGAAAGACUCUCCUCUUUUGAACGGCGGAAGUGGGAGUGCCACUGACAAGAGUCUUCCUCCGCACCCGUUCCAACAUAGAACCAUUGAGGAUCAGAAAUGGUCUGAAUUGCGCGACAGUAUGCAACUCAACACAGGUCACUCCUGUCAAAUUUUAAAUUGGACACCACAUGUGAUCAACCCCAAAGCUGCUCUUGUUUCCCAUUUCAUGGCGAAUGAAUUCCUGAAAUCAAUAUCAUCCUUUUCAGUCAGAAGUACAUUGCAAUCGAUGCACGCGUCGCAUCAAAUCUUGAUCCCUUUCGUUUACGGACUGAUGAUCAAGCCACUGACAGUUGAGAGUUGGGCGCGAAUCGUUUUGGUAUGGCGGAACUUUUGGUACGAUAAAUCAGGGAAACUGCUAGAACCGCCGGCUGAAGUCUUGCGAAAGUUUCUUUGGAUCUCGGAUCUCAUUUCUGAAUCAGUGAUGCCAGAAUUGUUUGAAAAUGCACUUGGAAGAGUCGAGGGUGCCAAACUACCAAACUCUCUUCACCUUCUAACUCAUGAAGCUAGGAUCAUCAAAUUGCUAUCAGAUGGAAGACGUCAACUAGAUUACAUCACUGCAGACCAGCAACAAGCAUUGCUUCACAUGAAAGCCAAAUUAGCUGAGGAAAAUAUCCACAAGAUUCAAGAAGCCGACCUACCUGAAAAUCAAAUCCUUUCCUCGUCGCGCGUGAUGACCAUCCUGGAUAGAUUAAAACAAAAGACUCGAUUGAUCAACCCUCCCCAUUCAGAUAUGGAGAAUAUAAGAGAAAGAAUCCACAAGGAGUCCGCAUCUUUCUGGGACGAAAACCUCUGGGUACACUACAUCAACCCUCGAAAUCCCCUAGCUAUGUUUGGUACCAUGGGAACUUUGCCGCAUCUUACUGGUUGCCCUGUUGAUUUCAAGACAAAGCUUGUGGAAUUUUUUCAGAUUCUGGAUUUUGAUCCGAUCAGUUUUGCAAGAUCUCCUGUAGGGACAAAUCCAUGGGAAAUGGACAAUCUUCUGAGGAUGGUUGAUAGGCGAAUCAAAGACAUCAACGCUGGAAAGCUUUCGAGACCGAAAGGGUUUCUCCCGGAAGUAUUAAAUACUGUCUUUUGUGAAGAAUAUAAAACAUUAGUCACCAAAAAACAGGUUAAAGCCCUAAGUCCUAUCAAAAACCAUGAUCAAGUUUAA